AUGUACGCACGCUAUCGUACCCGCUCGCGCUUCUACAAGCGUCCGGAGAAAGUCCUGAAGGCCUACAACGUCUCGCCGAACCUCCUUCGCCGCCCGAAGGUGGCGAACGGGCUUUUGAGCGGCCUGUACACCGACGAGACGGUCGACCUGCGGGAUCGCGAGCGGCUGGCGAUGCUCGAGGCGAUUCGCCACCCCCGCGAGCGCGAUUUCUACCAAGACCACACCUACCACAACCAGUGGAUCACGCGCGACUUGGAAACGCACCAACGCCGGUCCCUCGCCGCGCGUUAUCGCUUUUUCGCCCCGGAUUACGCCCUCAAGCCUUGGCUUUGGUAUCCCGGGGACGUCGUAGAAGUGGUAUCCGGCGAGGCCGCGGGCCAGCGCGGCGUGAUUCUCGCCGUCGUGGCCUACAAAAACGAGAUCAUCGUGCAGGAUGUGAACGUGCGGGAUGUUGUGAUCCCGGCCGCCGAGGGCCGGCCGGAGCAGCGGCUGCAGCGCGAGCACCCCAUCCGAGUCACCCGAGUCCGCCACGUCGACCCCUCCACCCAGGCCCUUUGCCAUCUGGAGAAAGUCCAGGUGCGGGACCGCAAGACCGGGGCUCAGGUGGAAAGUCGCAUGGCCCUGGAAAGCGGCGUCCUCCUGCCGAUUCCCCCGCGCGAGGGCGAUCGCGGCCUCGCGGUUGGUGACCCGCUCCGGGAGACCGCGAUGUUCGAUGUCGAGGAGCCCACCUAUGACCCGGCCCGGGAGCGGCCCCCGAUGCUCGAGCGCCGCCUGCGGGCGAUGGAGGACCACUUCGUCCGGGCCCUCCGCGCGGCCCACGACUUUCAUCAGCCCCUCCGCCGCCGGAACGGCGAGGCGAUGCGGGACUUUCAGCGCGGCGUCGUCGCCCGCGCGGCGGAGAGGCUCGCGGCGCGCUGCGGCGCCCCCCCGGAGGCGAAAACAAAAGACCCCGGCGAAAACAUCGCGGCGGAGAACCCCGCGGCGCGCUGUGAGGCCCCCUCGGAGGCGAAAACAAAAGACCCCGGCGAACACAUCGCGGCCAGGCCGGCCUGGUGGCGGGCGAUGCUCGCGCCGUACGUCGAAGUCCUCGAGGAGGAGGCGGCGGAGCGGGAAAGGGCCCACGCCGCGGAGGCGGACCAGCAAAGACGGGAAUCCGAGGCGGCGAUGGCGGCGCCGGGGGGGCGGCCCGACCACAACGACGACGACGACGAGGACUUCCAAGACGACGAGGAAGAAGACGAAGAAGAAGACGACGACGAAAAGUCUAAGGUCGGCGGCGAUGGCGAUGGCGAUAACGACAACCAUGGCGAUGUGGAGGGGUCCUGA